UGGAUUUUUUUUUUUUUUUUAUAGCGUUGAGUUGAAGGCGGGGUAUUCCUGAGGGACGCUCUCAUCUCCCAUCGUUUACUGCGGUUCUCCGUCCUUCUCCACUUCCUCCUCCCGGCCUAGAGGAACUCUGCCGGGGGCUGCCGGCUCUGCGCGCCGAACCAUGGCCGAAUACUCGUAUGUGAAGUCCACCAAACUCGUGCUCAAGGGAACCAAGGCCAAGAGUAAAAAGAAGAAGAGCAAAGAUAAGAAGAGAAAACGAGAAGAAGAUGAGGAGACCCAACUUGAUAUUGUGGGAAUCUGGUGGACUGUAUCCAACUUUGGGGAGAUUUCAGGAACCAUUGCCAUUGAGAUGGAUAAAGGAGCCUAUAUCCAUGCCCUGGACAAUGGCCUUUUUACACUGGGAGCACCGCACAGAGAAGUUGAUGAGGGCCCCAGUCCUCCAGAGCAGUUUACUGCUGUCAAACUGUCUGAUUCCAGGAUUGCACUGAAAUCUGGCUAUGGAAAAUAUCUUGGUAUAAAUUCAGAUGGACUUGUUGUUGGGCGGUCGGAUGCAAUUGGGCCAAGAGAGCAAUGGGAACCAGUAUUUCAAGAUGGGAAAAUGGCUUUAUUGGCCUCAAAUAGCUGCUUUAUUAGAUGUAAUGAGGCAGGUGAUAUAGAAGCAAAGAAUAAAACGGCAGGAGAAGAAGAAAUGAUAAAGAUUAGAUCUUGUGCUGAAAGGGAAACCAAGAAAAAAGAUGACAUCCCAGAAGAAGACAAAGGAAAUGUGAAGCAGUGUGAAAUCAACUAUGUAAAGAAAUUUCAGAGCUUCCAAGACCACAAACUCAAAAUAAGCAAAGAAGAUAGUAAAAUUCUUAAAAAGGCUCGGAAAGAUGGGUUUUUGCAUGAGACUCUUCUGGACAGCUUUUCAGGUUCAUCUCAAACUGUUUCAUAAAGUCACUGAACCACCAGGUCAUUUCCAUAUUGUAGUGAUUACCGUGCAGCCUCCAGGCUGUCUCCAGGUGUGGCCGUUACUGUGCUUGCCUCUCAUAAGUUUGCUUCCCAUCGUCUUCCCUCAAGAUUGGGAACAGAGCUAGAACGUUGCUUGAGUAAUACCAAGAUUCUGUGUUCUUUUUGUAUAGUAGAGGUUCCUAAAGCUGAGAUUCAAUGUAUGAGUUUGUAUCCAGACUAAAAGUUUAGUAAGGGAAAUUGAACCUGUUUUAGUAAGGUUAGAUUCAGCAGUGUGCAAGAUAUUUAUAACACAUUAUUGAUAUUUGUUCCAGUUUAUUUUCAUUUAAAUAAGUAACAGCCUACACUUACUACCUGGAAAAACAGGCAGGGAAGUUAACUGCGGGCUUAGAGCAGUCUAUCAAUAGAGUGCCAAACUGAAAAGGAAUCUGAUAAUCUCCUGUCAGUCAUAAAGCCUCCUGUUGUAAAUCACUCUUAAGCCUUCCCACUAUCUGAUAAAAUAAUACUUAAUUGCAUACUUCGUGUUAAAUGGUUGGUAAAGGUGAACUCAGUUAAUGGGAGAAAUUUUUAUUGUUGUUGAAAAAUAUGUGUGUGGUUUUAAGAAGUCAAAAGGACAUAAAAUAUAAUCAGACUGUGAACUCUAAAAUAGAGUAAGCUGUUUGUUUAGCAACUUUAAAACCAGUUUAAAAAAAAAAUGCACCAUCGUUGCCCAAUAGAAGCUGAGGGCAGGCUUAAGCUCAUGAAUGACUGCUGUGUCCCUUGUGACCUGAAAAAGCCCUUAAGCCACCUCUGUUGACUAUUACAAAAUAAGUUUCAUAAGACUAGAGAAAGUUGAAAGGUAAAGCCUUAAUGAAAUCUUUUAAUAUGACUGUUUAAUACAGUUUCCAGGCUUGAGUUUUCUAGUUGGUAGCAAUUGACUCUAUAUGGUAUGUUUUACAUUCAUUGUUCUUUGUGUCUU